AUUUGAAAACACAAUAGUAAUAUAUGUUUAUUCGUGUAUAUAUACUUCAAGUCUCUUCGUUAUUCAUGCACCUCAACUGAAAAACACACUAUCAUUCUCCGCACAUUUGUAGUCAUGGCCAAAUUUCCAACAUUUUCUCUCCUCAUCAUUAUCAUUCUCCUUGCUAGCCAUUUCCCUCCCAACAAGCUCCCAAGGAUUCUCUACAAAACUCUCCAAAAGAGAGAUGGGAAGAUUGUUGAUUUCUGGAAUUACAAGAUAUAAACCGGGCGUAAUACAACUCAAAAGAAGGAAUACAAAAGGACAAACUGAAAUGGAAUUACAAUUAUGGCACGAUUUUAAAUUUUUUUUAUUUAUUUUAUCACAAAAUAUGUUGGCACCUCAAAUAAAAAAAGAUUAUAAUUUUUUUGUAAUUAUCAAGGGUAUCCACCAACGAAUUUUUCUAUCAGUGAUUUCAAUCUGUUUCCUUUUUUCCUAUUGCACCCAUAGCCAACUUAAUACGCAAUAUUCAUAUUUGUCCAUUAUAUGUAGUACAAAUAUCACCGAUCCCAUACGCCACAACAAAAACAAAAAACAAACACAUCUAUUUCUCACCAGACAUGGCCAUAGCAAAAACGUUCUCUCUCAUUAUCCUCCUCCUCUACUUGCUGGCCAUUUCCUUCCCAACAAACUCCCAAGAAUUCUAUAGUACUAAAUUGUCCAAGAGAGAGACGAGGAGAGAGCAGCUAACUCACCUCCACUUCUACUUCCACGACGUCCUCUAUGGCCGCCACCCGACGGCCGUGGUGGUGGCGCAAGCCGCAACCACGGCCUCCUACCCCUUCAAGUUCGGCGAGACGCUGAUCAUCGACGAUCGGCUGACGGUGGGGCCGAACCUGAGCUCGAGGGUGGUGGGCCGAGCUCAGGGGAUGUACGCGUCAGCCGAUAUGGGCGACGCCGGGCUCUUGAUGGUCUUCAAUUUCUUCUUCACCGAGGGGAGGUUCAACGGAAGCACGCUGACCGUGGUAGGGCGGAACGCGGUGCUCUCAGCCGUGAGGGAGAUGCCGAUCGUCGGCGGCAGCGGCGUUUUCCGGUUUGCGAGGGGGUAUGCUCAGACGAGGACACAUUUGCUUGAUUUGAAAAAGGGAUAUGCUGUGGAGGAGUAUCAUGCUUAUGUGUUUCACUAUUAAUCUUCAUGUGUAUCAGGGUCGGCCGUGAUAAAAUGUAAAUUCUAUACAUUAUAUAAACUCCAAACUCAUCAACACAAUGUCAAUCCAGUGUGAACACAUUGUAAAAUUUUUAGAUUUUGCUAUUGAUAUUAUUUUGACAUUUUCUAUUGAUGUUAUCAUAAUUUGGAGUUUGUACGAUA